ACGGCAUUGACCAGGAUAUCCGAAUGGUCAUUUAGCCCAGCCCCACCAUGCUGCUACCACAAAGACCGACAUCUGCCAAAAAUGCCGAAGGUGAUCCAUACCUCGUCGGCCUCGAGCCAGAGGAUAAUCCGCAGAACAUGCCCUUGUUCAGACGCUGGCUCGCGGUCCUUAUCAUCAGCUCUGCCUCUCUAUGCGUGACUUGCGCUUCUUCGAUUGCUGCGUUCACAGAACAGGGUGCCGCCCAAACGUUCCAUGUCCCACAUGAAGUAACCAUCCUCGGAAUUAGCAUGUUUGUGACAGGUCUCGGGACCGGUCCUCUCCUCGUUGGCCCGUUGUCCGAAGUGUAUGGCCGAAAUGCUGUAUACGAAAUAUCUUAUGCGUUAUUCUUCAUCUUCACGUUCCCCGUGGUGUUUGCUCCCAACAUUACUGUUUUCUUGGUCUUUCGCUUUAUCACUGGAUUCUGCGGAUCAGCAUUUUUGAGUGUAGCCGGAGGUAGUGUAAGCGAUAUGUUUCCGAAUUCGAGUAUUGCAAAUCCAAUGGCUGUAUAUACCAUAUCUCCAUUCAUCGGACCAGUGGCUGGUCCCUUGAUUGCUGGAUUCAUCAAUCAGCACCUAUACUGGGAAUGGACAUAUCGCGUGCAGUUGUGCUGGAUUUUUGUAGAGUUGCUGAUGUUGGUUUUAUUUGUUCCUGAGACGUACGUCCCGGUGAUCCUGAAGAAGAAAGCAAGAAGACUGCGGAAGUCGACUGGAGACCCAAAGUUUUACGCUCCUUUGGAUAGACGGGAAGGCACCCUUGCUUCUGCUAUCCUCCUCAGUUGCUGCAAACCGUUUCAAUUACUUCUAUUCGACCGAAUGACACUGCUUCUAGACUCCAGGAAUGCCCUUAUUCUUGGAAUCCUAUACCUGGCAUUCCAGGCAUUUCCCAUCAUUUUUGAGGAUGUCCAUGGAUUUAAUAUGCAAAUGACUGGGCUAACGUUCAUUGGGAUCGGACUCGGAAUGGUUUCGGCCAUUUCCACACAGCCAUUUUGGAACAGACUGUUUGCCCGCGAAGCUGCUAAAUAUAACGGUGAUCCACCUCCUGAGACGAGGCUUAUUAUGGGUCAAGUAGGAGGUAUACUAGUGCCAGUGGGUUUAUUCUGCCUCGCAUUCACAACAUAUCCGCAAGUUCACUGGAUUGCCCCAAUCAUUGUGUCUGUACUUUUCGGCUCCGGGAUAUAUUUUGUAUUUACAUCAACGUUCACGUACCUUGUCACUGCAUACCGCCCAAUUGCUGCGUCUGCUAUGGCAAGCAAUAGUGCAUUGCGGCUAGCGUUUGCCGCUGCAUUUCCGCUAUUCGCGGGAGCCAUGUAUAAUAGACUGGGUACUGUUGGCGCCACCGCUCUUCUGGCCGGCCUCGCAACAAUCAUGGCGCCAUUACCUUUCGUAUUACACCGAAUUGGCGCACGACUGCGCAAGAAAUCGCCUUUUGCAGCAUAUUGAUAUUCUUA